GUCCGCCGGCGCGCCGUAAGAGCUCCGCUCAUGCAGCAGCAGCAUGAGAGAUCGAUCGCACGGCUACGUGCGCGUCUUCGUCCUGGCGUGGUUGCUCGUGGUUGUAUCGUUAGCGCCGAUUUGCCAGGCGAAAAUCGCCAAGAACCCUCGCAGGACGAGCCGAGAGAUAUCCGUUCAGGCUGUCCCUCAACCGAGUGCAGACGCGAAAGAGACCCAGGAAGUGGAGCCGAAGCCCGAGGAAGGCGACGCGCGUCUCAGGCGGAAACGAGAAGCCGCGGGAAGGUCUGAGCGAGACUCAGCGAGUAACAAUCCGGUUGGACCAUCAAACGUCGAAAGAACGAUCGAUGACAACCACGCGGCCAGCCACCUGGAGAAAAAAGCGGAUUACGCGGAAGAAGAGGUCGACGAGGACGAAGGGACGAGCAGCCUCGUGCGUCUACCUCGCGAGGCGACCGCCGCUCUCAGGUACACCGAUCAGGACGAGAGGUCGAGUCUGUACGACGACUACGAGGUGAAGGACGUCGCGAAGCGCGGCGCGGAGGAUUACGAAGAGGUGGAGGAGGACUCGCCGGAGCUGCUAGAGGACAUGGCCGCGGUGCGAGAGGAGGACUCGGCAGCGGACGAAGCUGAGAAGAGAGAAACGCGCAGCGACGCUCGAGUGAAGAGGAACCAAGCUAGCCCAGGAUCGCCGGCCGAGUCGAGUGCGAGCGAUCCUGCGGGAAUGAGAAGCGAGGGGAGCUUCUCCCCGGAGCUUCAGGUGAACCCCGGGAAGCCGGAGGAUUCGAAGAUCGUGGCGGAAGUCUUCAGCGUGGAGUCGUCGAGAGGAAUCGACGAGCCGUCGCUUCCGAAAAUCGCUGGCAAGCUCGAAGAAUCCGCGGAAGGACCGGACGAGGCGGUGCCGAGCUCGAGCGCGGAUUGCGCGGAGAAGCGCGUGGAGGAUCGAAUACAGCGGAAGAUCGACUCGAUGAAGGAGCAGAUCUUGCGCGACCUGGAGGCGCAACGGCGGCUCCGGGACAUCCGGGAGAACAACGCCAGGUUCGAUGAGCUGCAGGACGAGGAGAGUCCGAGUCUCGAGGAGGACUCGGUCGAGAAGAGUCAAGGCGCGGCCCGGAAGAGAUCGAUACGCGACGUCGACGCGGUCUCUUCAUCGAGGAGCGGCGACAAGAAGCGAUCUCCAAAGAGAGAACGGCGCCAAAGAGAAAAGCCGCAAGGUCGACCCAGCGAGACCGGCAAGACGAAUAACGGCUCGAAGAAGCGUUCGUCGCGCGAGAACCCGAAGAGACAGUCCGCUCGGAGUCGCGACGAGGCCUCUGGCCAGAGUCCGUCGAAGAGACUCUUCAAGAAGAAACGCGAGCGGGCCAGAGAGGCGAUCUUGGUGACGAACGAGCGUCGUCGCGCGAGGAGUUGCCCCUUGCCUGAGCAGGCUGAUGGAAAAUCGGGGGAUGAAUUAUCCGUGGAUCCCGUGGAAAACUCGGGCUCUUAUCUUCGUGAGAACGAUGGAAUGGAACAGGCGGUCCUGCACGUUGCUAACGAAGACGAGGGUCACGAGGAAGGGCAGAGUCCUGCUGGCCGCGCAGAUUCCUCAGCAUCUUUCACGGGCAGCUCGCAGGAAUUGAGUCCUCUUUUAGCCAGAGAAUACAGAGAAGCCUUCGGUGGCUUGCAGAGCGAAUCUGGCAACGCUCUGGCCAGAUUCAAAAGGAUCAAACGCGUGCUUGACGAGCCCAAAACUCGCGAAACCCGAAGUCUCCGAAGUCGGUAACGCGAGCGAAAUAAUUUCCCGAAAGCUAUUCAACGCGAAGAGACGCUUCCAAGCAAGUCGCAUAAAAUGAAAUUACACGGGAAUGACGUAACGAUAAAACCUGAUCGUCGUAGUAACGACGAGAGGGGAGGUAACUUGUAAUGACUAAGCGACUAGGAAUGUAGACGUAGAACUCGUAGAAACGUAGACGACACCCUAGUGCGCUAUCUCCGCGGUAUCUCUCACACAGGCUUCCACGAGGGCUGGAUAAUUUCGCUAAUUAGGGUAAUUAAAGGGAAGACUGUAGAAUAGGGUGUAACGCCAUUAAUUACGAGACGCUCGGGGAGAUUGCGAGUCGAUUUAAUUGUAGCCUAAAUGAACGAUAUAUAAAUUCUUGACAAAAGUGGAUAUCUAUGCUUUCCUCUACCGCUAAUUAUUUAUAAACGUUGUUUUUUUUUUGUCUUACGCCGGCCGUGUAGCGCGUCAAAAGAUAUAAAACGAGUUUGAAUUGCUUCUCUCAGACGCUCCUUACA